CACAAGCCCUAGCUUCCAAUCAAAGCUCAAUCGCCUGCCUUGGCCCUCCUGAUUUCUACACGAUUCGUCUUGCUUUGACAUGAAAAGAGCAAUGCCAUGGAGCGAUGAAGAGGACAAUUCGUCAUCUAAAGAGUCGUCUUUAUCACAGUCGGAUUCAGACGCUGAUGAAGAUAGUGGCGAUGCAAAAGCGAUCUUUCGAGUUAAAGCUGGCCGGUCCUCUAAAGAAAAGGGCACUGAAGUAAAAUCUGGGAAGCGGAAGAGCAUUGCUGUGGACUUCGAUACAUUGAAACGCCACGGCUACAAAGGUGGUCCAUCAGUCUUGAAAGUACCACCACCAAAAGAGAAUGAGAAGCAAGAUUGGUCAUGGUCUACUGGCAGGGAGACUCGGGAAAACAGAGAGACUGAAGAAUCAUACGAAGAGAGACAGAAAACAAGAGCUGCACUAGAAAAUGGAGAGCAGCUGCUAACCGCGCUAACUCAGAAGGAGAAGAAGAACAUUUCCUUCUCCCAGAAAGAAAAGAGGAAAAGAGAGCUUGGUCAAGCAAGCAGGGGGAAAAAUUAUGUCGAGGAAGAAAAGAGAACGUUGAGGGAGAGUGGAAUCUACUCUGGUUUUGAUACUUAACCUUCCAUUGCAACUAAAUUGUUAACAAUGCAUUGCAUGUCAAAGCUCUGUUACAAGAUUACAUUUGCAGUGGACUAUAGCAUUUACCCAGGAAAGGCAGCUGACAGGAACCCAGCCCGACGCACUGCAAAAUAUCAACAAUCCUCAUGUCGUUCGGGUUUAACCCCCAUAGUCGCUUUUAUGGUACAUAUGAAGCAGGGGUAUAGCUGAUUGAUUGUGUACCAUUUUUACUGGUUGUUCAGUUGUAUCAAGUUUAACGUUUUCAUGGUCAUAUAUAAAAGAGCUUCAGUAACAAACAGUUGU